AUGGCUCCCAAACAGCAGUCGAAUGGUCCAGGGCAAGCAACCAGUUCGCAAGCUGCAGGACAGACAAAUGUCCAUAGUGGGGUGAGCACGGCAAAGCUCGACAACUAUGUUCCUGUUUUCAGCAACAACAUGCAAGACUACAGAGAAUUUCGCAAACGCUGUGAGAUCUACAGAAAGAAGAUGCAGUUGGGCAAUCGCACCAACGAGGUGGUCUACAACCUGGUCACUCUGAUGACUGGGAAGGCUUGGGAUUUGGUCGAAGACAUGACCAUGGAACAAAUGUCAGGUGAAGAUGCAUAUGAUCUUUUGUUUACACGGCUGGACAGAGGAUUUCGAUUCGAUCCAUUGACAGAGUUGCCAGACGACUUCGAGCAGUACUUUGUGAAGCUUCAGCGAAAACCACACCAGACACUGCAAGAUUACAUGAAUGAUUACACCAGGUGUGAGAGAAGGCUGAAGGUGACCCACAAUGUUGAGCUGCCGGAGAAAGUGAGAGCUUGGUGGUUCCUUCGACGUUCAGGUAUCACGAAGGAGCAACGGCAGCUGAUCCUCACCAAUACAGGGACCACUGGACUGACGAUUGAAGAGGUGAUGAAGUCGAUGAGCUUCAUUUUGGGGCAAGAUUCGACGCUACAAUCCUCGUCGUCGACUUCGAGAUGGUCAAGGCCAAUGGGAAAACCAGUUGACACGUUCUACUGUGAUGAGGACACGCAGUAUGAUUGGCCAGCUGGAUCGGAAGAUUUCGCCAUUGAUCCCUCGCCAACAUACUUUGGUGAAGACUAUGAGUGGGAUGAUUGGCACGAAGGUUCAUCAGAGCAAUUCGAUGAGGUUGCAUUGGCAGAGCAUUGUGAGCAGGUUUAUGACGUUGAUGAAUAUGAUGAUGUGCUUGCAAAUUAUCAAGAUGCCAAAGCACAGAUGAACGCCCUUCGUACAUCUCGUGGUUUCUAUCCCGUUGACGGAGGUGCAGCAUCGGUGUUGGGAUCAGCAUGUCAGAUUCGCAAAUACCUUCGUUUUCUGUUGGAACAGGGCUACAACAUCCACGACAUCCCAAUGUUUCAUUGUGAGAAAGGCUUCAAAUAUGGCAAUAGCAUGAAGGAGACCACCAACAAGUGCAUUGUGUUGCCCGUGUUCCUGAGCAACAGUCGCAUUGAUGUGUUGACGUAUGUGAUUCAAGGUACAGCUCCCAUCUUGGUCGGACGACCGAUGCUGGAGAAGUUAGGGCUCAUCGUUGACUACCGGUCAAAACAGAUGAAGUGGCCAGAUACCGACUGGGAGGAUCUCCUGACAGGUUCAAAAGGUGAGCACCUAUUGCACCUUGGCAAGGACAUUCGUCGAUGCAUUGCACAAGAACCCACCAUGGUUUUGUUGCCAGAGGACGUUGAAUCGCACGUUGGCGAACCUAUCGAACAAGGAGUGCAGAAGUUGCUGGAGGAGGUCAUGAUUGCCGAGAACGCCAAUCCGGCGUUGGAGCCCACGCAGACAGUCACGUCGGCUCACACACGUCGUGUGAACGACGGCAUUGAGGAGAUCGAGACGGUCAAGCGUCUUCACGGUCACAUGCUGCGAAAGUUUGAGAGACAGGCGGAGGAAGCAUGUCGUCGUGAGGACAAGAUCAUGCGGGUCAGUCAGACAAUCAACAAGGAGACAAAAUGUCGAGUGAUUUGGGAGGUUUUUGUUGGUGAAGGUCGAACAACAAAGCAUCUCUCCAAGUUUCCGCAUGUCGUGACCGAGGUCUUCUCCCUUCAGACAGGAUGGGAUUUUCGCAUCGGAUCCCAUCGAUCCAAGUUCCUCCAGAGGCUUCGCAAAGAAGAACCAGAUGAGUUGUUGUUGGCACCCAUGUGCAAGUUGUGGUCGCCCAUUCAGGAACUCAACAUCGCGAGGUCGGAGAAGUACAAGCAAAAGCUGAGUGAAGAAAGGGAAUACAACCAUGAUACCAUCUUGACCAUGUGUUCCGUUGCAUACCAAGAGCAGUACAAAGAGGAGGACGAACCGGAAUCCGUUCUUGCAGAGGAGGAUGGAGAUGUUGAGAUGAUUCCAGUUGAGCAACAACCACAGCAGCUGGAAGCACAAGCAGAAGUUCCAGAUGUUGAGCAAGACAUCCUCAAGUACUACCGCGAAGAUGCUGAAAAGGAGGUGGAUUCAGUGACAAGCAAUGCACAGCUUCGUACACAAGUCGGCAAGGCAGCAAUGAACUAUGUGGUGAGACUUCACAAGAAUCUCGGACACCCCGGGACAGAUGUGUUGUGUCGAAUGCUUGAGGAAGUGCAAGCUACAGACAAUGUCAUGACAGCAGCAAAACGAUAUGUGUGUCCAGAGUGCUACAUCAGGCAAGGCCCUGCUGGAAUGCCUGGUGCAGUGUUGAUGUAUCAGCGUGGUCGCAAUGAUGGGACAACAGACAGACCAAUGUCGACAGGUUCACCUUCCACAGAUGUUCCUGAGUGCCCGCCUUCAGUUGUUGGUGAUGAACAUAAAAGGGAGGCGGAAGAUGACAUCUCAGAGUUGGCCUUGAAGCCAGAGUCCACAGCCGCAGACUGUGGAAGUUCAGCGAUCAUCAUCGAUGCCAAGGCCUUGUACGACAGCUUGAAGAAAGAUGGCAUUGGAAGUUCAGCUGACAAACGAGCUGGAAUCGAAAUCCUUUGCAUCAAAGAGGAGAUCCACCGUCUCAAGACGGAACUCCGUUGGGUCAGUAGCGAAAGGAUGCUGGCAGACGGGUUGACAAAGUUGCACACCCGACAACAGAUGGUUGAGAUGCUUCGCAGUGGGUGGCUGAGCAUUGUUCACGACAGCAGCUACACAGCAGCAAAGAAGAAGGACAAGGAAGCACGUCAAGAAUCUACUGCUCGGACCUUUGGAUACACAAACAAUGUUGCAGCACGCAUUUCCAUGGUUGUUGCAGCAAGCAGUGCACCAGCGGUUGGAGCAAUGAAUGAAACUGAAGAGCUGAGUGAUUUUGAAAACACUUGGAGUGACUUCUUUUUCAGCUACAUGUUUGGCGUGACGGUAGUGUCGCUGUUAGUUGGCAUUCCCAUGGUUGGCUGUGGUGUGUACAAGUGCAUGUGCAAGUUCAUUGAUUUUGUCCGUACAUUGAUUUGGCAGCAGAAGAUCAUUUACAUGUUGCGGGCCGAAGCCCGAGAGCUGCGCAAUGAAGUUGAGGAGUCUCGUGAUGAGCUGCUCCGGAUUCGAACACGCCUCGUAAGGAUGCGUGUAGGAGGGUGCUACUACACAGAGAGUGGCACUAGAUGGCAUGUCUUUAAUGAUUGCCACAGCUUCCGGUCGAGUUCCAGAGUCCUCAACAAGGACGGCAUGUGUCGAGUUUGUUGGACAAGGCUGCAAGAAGAAACAAGCGGUGAAGUUCCGACACCACCACAUGGGUGGAAUGAGGACACGGAUGGACAAGAUGAUGAAGCAUGA